AUGCCCUCGGGUACCAAUAAGAAACACCAACUCGAAGACAUUCUGUCCGACAAGGUCUCAAUCAUGGAGACGGACGACGUUGCCGAGGACACCGCCUCUGUGGAUGAUCACGAUGCACAACCCGGCUUCUGUGUCGAAUGCAAAGAUCAACCUGCUAUUGUACACUGCGACAACUGCAACGAGCCAUUUUGUGAAGUGUGCUUUGGGAUGAUCCACCGCACUGGCAAGCGUGCAAAGCAUACAACUCAACCUUAUACAGCCGUAUCGAGUGCAACAAAUGGAAGCAAUGAUGCAAUGGAACAAGACGAUGAGAUGAUGGGACAACCCAAGGAUGCGCCUAUGACAACAGUGACACCUACAGCAGGCCCCAAGAGCAAGGAGAUUGAUAUUGGGCAAAUCAUGGAAAAUCGUGCAAAGUACAUCCCGCUUCGUUUACAUUUGGAAGAACGCAAGUUCCUACGACUUCUCGAAGCAGCAUUGAAUGUGACCGAGUAUACAGAUCAUAUCGACAAUGAAUCCCAUACGAGCAAAGCCAAGCGCGUCGUGAGCCAAAUCAAGGAACUAUGUGCAGUUUUGACAGGAUUGGUUUUGGCAUGUGAUUAUGGACGAGGACAAGAACUCUUUGCGGAUCGAUCAUUUGAGGAGAAUGAAGAAUUCUUUCAACGUAUCUUUGAAAUUGGAAGACGCCACAAGAUCAUGAAUCCAGAAAAGAUGCGAUCAGCAUAUGGAAAGCUCAUGUACAUGUUAUCGGACUCUAUGAUUCCCGAAGUGCAAGAGAUGCUUGGUUUCUCGUGCGUUGCUCCCAUCAAAACAGUGUACAGCUUCCUUAAAGAGCGACGAGGCUUAGGUGUGCUGCAUGAGGAUAUCGUCUUGAUAGCAACACGCGAGAUCAUACCCGAAGGCAAAUCACGUAUGCAGAUCCAGAGCGAGAUUCGACGCAAAGAGAAAUCGAUCGAGCAGCUGAGUCGAAAGUAUCAGUCAAAGUUCCUUUCAGCAGACGAGAUUCGGCAUUGCUUGUAUAGUAUUGGUGACAAUAAUGCAUACCUUCGUGAAAAUCGUGAUCCCUGUGAAAAGAUGUUAGCCUAUCUUGAGGAGUUUUUCCAUCCUACUGAAGCCGAGUGUGAGGAGUUUUCAUUAUCCAUUGCAGCGGGUGCUCAGGGACAUCGACUAAGUCAUGAUCACGAGACACAAUACACCUACGUGAAUCAGACCCUCAAGCUUUGGCGUGAGAUCCUCAAUGAAAUGUUCAUGCUCUGGACGCUGGCCGACCAGGAUAUGUUGAGCGCAGGGAACCCUUAUCGGCUAUCACAGACAGGCCAGGGCCUACAUCGCAUACAGCCGUGUCCUGCAGUAUCAAGGGAGAUGCACCGCACACUUUUCAAAGCACAAAAGAAGGCCGGCAAGUGGAUUGGGAGCAGCGUCAUUCAUUUGGGAGAUAAAAACGUGCCAAACGCUUUAAUGUUCAUUGACAAGUAUAAUCAAGUCUCACGCAUCCUCAGCCCGAUAUGUCUCACUCUUGAUCGCAUCGAAGAGCUCACAAACCAUGAUGGUGGAAAAAAGUUCUUACAACAAAAGUUUGGUGGGGUUGCUCAAUGCAAGAAGACGAUCUUGGCCGACUUUUUCCGAGGAGCAUUUGAUGGAUCUGGUGCGGAUAACUUUUACGACGCUGGAAGCUGCAUCGAUGGACGACUCACGUCUGCAUGGAAUUGGUGUUCGCAAAUAGAGCGCAAGUCUUACUUCCCGGUGUUCUUAUUGACGGGAUUUGUGGGCUUUGAUGGUGGUGGAUGGAGCUAA